AAAGACCGUGUGCAUGCACACGCGAGGCAGAGAGAGCGCGCGAGGCAGUGGUGUUUGGGGAGAGUCUGGGGAGUUGCGGCGUGUCUCGAGGACUGAAGGCGGUGUUACUGUCUAGAAGAAUUGUCGGAGAGACACCCUGAGUAGACGAGUGGCGUGACUGUACUACUUCUGGCGGCUCGUUUGUUGGAGGUGUGGUGGUAAUGGAUGUGCUGAAGGUGGUGCAGCAGCUGCGAGACCUGGCAGCCGACCCUCAGAACAGGGCCACCAUAGUCAGAGACCAAGGAUGUCUACCUGGUCUGGUAAUAUUUCUGGACAAUGACAAUCCAGAUGUUGUUCUCACUGCAUUGGAGGCCCUGUUCUAUCUGGCCCAAGUUCCAUCCAACCGCCCUCUCAUGAAGAACGAGAUGGGGCUCCUCAUCAGUGUCAGAAGAAUCAUCAACAGGCAACAGUCUCUUCAUGAACUGAAGAGCUCUGCACAGAAAGUACACGACUUGCUCAUCCAUCCAUCUGGCUCUGCAAGACCAUCGUCCCACUCUCGGCACGGAGCCUCCAGAUCCAACUCAUUCCUCGGCUCCUCCAACAGACGGGCCAAGACCAUCAUCCUCCAAGUGGAGGGCCUCAAUGAUGAGGAGUCUCGGCUGAUGAUAGAGGAGAGACUGUUGACGGUGAGAGGUGUCAUCAGCUUCACCUUCAACAUGCCGCGGCACAGAUGUGUGGUCAGAGUCAGGAGCGACAUCAAGCCUGAGGUACUAUGUCGGGCGGUGGAGUCAUCUGGUACAUUCGGAGCCCAGCAAGUUGUCAAGAGCGAGAGAGGAGAAGAGAAACUGUUGGCUUUUGGACCUGGAUCUCCGGCUAAAGGUGGAAAAGAAAACACUCCUGUGAAGGUAUGUCGCUCGAACGUCUGAUCGAGGUUGUAUAAUGUACAUGAACCUUUCCAUACAGAUGCCAGAAUAUCUACCAGAAGGCACUGAGACAGACAAGACUGAUGAUAAGGCAGUGGAGCGGAGUGGGGCUGUGGGGGGAGCCGGAGGAUGGUUUGGAGGAGUGAAGAGAUACCUCUCUGAUACUUUCUACUGGUAGCCACUCCUGUGCAGCAUUCCUCCAGCCCUGCAGUAUAAUUAUACUGUAUAUCACACAACUCUAAUUGGAGCACAUCAGACAGUAACAGACUGCUUCUUGUGUCGUGUUCCCAUCCACUUUCAUUAUAGCACAAUCUCAAGACUAUCUGGUGUGAAGUGCAUUUGUGUCGUGUGUCGCUGGUAUUGUAGUCACACCCAUCUUUGUGUUCAUCUGCAUAUUAUCUCAUAAUGUGUGUGUGUACUCGCACCAUCACCAUUGCUUUCUUGUGUAUGUUUUUUUCAUUGUGUCACAGAGUAUGGUUCAAAGUAUAGUCUCGUUCAAAGUGUAAUGUUGUAUGUGUAUGCUUCAAGAUGUAAUGUCUCAUAUUAUCCCGUUCUGUAUGUUUGGCCAAUGAAAUAGAUGGGGAUCUGUGGUUACAUUUGUUAGAGCAUCCAUGGUAGGUAUUUUCCCUUGCACAGCAGCACAGCUUCUUAGCAGCGUAGCCACUUACUGCUUCCAGCUAAAAGCUCUCUGCACAAACAGUAACACC